GGGGAGCAGAGGAGGAGCAGUAGCGGGGGGAGCAGCUUCCUCUGGCGGAAGGAGACAUCGGUCCUCCUCGUUCCUCCUCGUUCCUCCUGCAGGACAAUGUGAGAGCCACCGACUCUGGAUCUGAACCCAGCGAACAGCCGCAGACCCCCGCGAUGGAAGCGGCCUCCGUGUGACCGACCCCCAGCUCCACCGCGACCCUCCUGUGUGUUCAAAUCCGCCUUUAGAGCUCGGGAAGCGGCCGCAGCGAUGGGAAGAGGCCGCUGAGCGGAGCGCGGCGCCAGGGCCGAGACGCGGAGAAAGAUGGGUGUCGUGCUGCGGAGCGUGUUGUUGUGUAGUUUCUGUUUCCUCAUCAGAGCCGUGCCGCUGCUGCUGUAUGCAAAUCGACGGGACCUUCGGCUCGUGGACGCGGCACACGAAAAGGCCAACGCCACGGUGGUGGUGGGAGGGCUAGAAGAUGCCGCGGCCGUGGACUACGUCUACUCCCACGGCCUCAUCUACUGGAGCGACGUGAGCGAGGAGGCCAUCAAACGCACUGUCUUCAACCAGUCAGGGGCCAGCACGGUCCAGACGGUGGUGCAGGGUUUGGCCUCCCCGGACGGACUGGCGUGCGAUUGGUUAGGGAGGAAACUUUACUGGACGGACUCAGAGACCAAUCGGAUAGAGGUGGCGGAGCUGGACGGGUCUCUGAGGAAAGUUUUGUUCUGGCAGGAGCUGGACCAGCCGAGGGCCAUCGCUCUGGAUCCAGAACGAGGGUUCAUGUACUGGACGGACUGGGGCGAGAUCCCAAAGAUCGAGCGGGCGGGGAUGGACGGAACCAAUCGAUCGAUGAUUAUUGAUAAGGAGAUCUACUGGCCCAACGGACUGACGCUGGACUACAGUCUACAGAAGCUGUACUGGGCCGACGCCAAACACAACUUCAUCCACCGCGCCAACCUGGACGGUUCCUCCAGGCAGGAGGUGGUUAAAGGAGAGCUGCCUCACCCCUUCGCCCUCACCCUGUACGAGGACACUCUGUUCUGGACCGACUGGAACACUCACUCCAUCCACUCGUGUCAGAAACAGACCGGCACCGACCAGAGGAUCGUCCACUCGGACAUCUUCUCGCCCAUGGACAUCCACGUCUUCAGCCCCAAGAGACAACCCCUCUUGAACUCUCCCUGCUCGCUGAACAAUGGAGAAUGUUCUCACCUCUGCCUCCUGUCUCCGAUGAAGCCGUACUAUCAGUGUGCCUGUCCCACCGGAGUCCAGCUGCUGGAGGACGGGACGACCUGCAGAGACGGUGCGACUCGGAUGCUGCUGCUCGCGCGACGCACAGACCUGCGGCGAAUCUCCUUGGACACGCCGGACUUCACCGACAUCAUCAUGCAGGUGGACGACAUCCGCCACGCCAUCGCCAUCGACUUCGACCCGGUGGAGGGCUACAUCUACUGGACGGAUGACGACGUGAAGGCCAUCCGCCGCUCCCUACUGGACGGCAGCGACGCCCAGUUCGUGGUCACGUCUCAGGUGAACCACCCCGACGGCAUCGCGGUCGACUGGAUCGCCCGAAAUCUGUACUGGACCGACACAGGAACGGACCGCAUUGAGGUGACCCGGCUCAACGGGACCAUGCGGAAGAUCCUGAUCUCUGAAGACCUGGACGAGCCCAGAGCCAUCGUGCUGGACCCUGUGGCCGGCUACAUGUACUGGACCGACUGGGGCGAGGUGCCGAAGAUCGAGCGAGCAGAUCUGGACGGACUGGAGCGAGUGGUGAUGGUGAACACUUCGCUUGGUUGGCCCAACGGCCUCGCGCUCGACUACGACGAUCGCAAAAUCUACUGGGGAGACGCCAAGACUGACAAGAUUGAGAUGAUGAACAUGGACGGGACGGGCAGACGGGUGCUGGUGGAGGACAAACUUCCGCACAUCUUUGGCUUCACGCUGCUUGGUGACUUCAUCUACUGGACGGACUGGCAGCGUCGCAGCAUCGAGCGCGUCCACAAACGCACGGCGGAGAGAGAGAUCAUCAUCGACCAGCUUCCCGACCUCAUGGGACUCAAGGCCACAUACGUGCACCAGUCGUUCGGUACGAACCCGUGUGCCGAGAACAACGGCGGCUGCAGCCACCUCUGCCUCUACAAGCCUUCAGGCGUUCAGUGCGGCUGUCCCAUCGGACUCGAGCUCAUCGCCGACAUGAGGACCUGCAUCGUCCCUGAGGCCUUCCUACUCUUCUCCCGCCACACGGACAUCCGCCGCAUCUCCCUGGAGACCAACAACAACAACGUGGCCAUCCCGCUCACUGGCGUCAAGGAGGCGUCCGCACUUGACUUCGACGUCACCGACAACCGCAUCUACUGGACGGACAUCACUCUGAAGACCAUCAGUCGGGCCUUCAUGAACGGCAGCGCUCUGGAACACGUGGUGGAGUUCGGUCUGGACUACCCGGAGGGAAUGGCGGUGGACUGGCUGGGGAAGAACCUGUACUGGGCCGACACCGGCACCAAUCGUAUCGAAGUGGCCAAACUGGACGGGCAGCACCGUCAGGUCCUGGUCUGGAAGGAUCUGGACAGUCCUCGAGCUCUGGCUCUGGAUCCCGCUGAAGGCUACAUGUACUGGACCGAGUGGGGCGGGAAGCCAAAGAUCGACCGAGCGGCGAUGGACGGGACGGGUCGGAGCACCCUGGUGGCUGACGUCGGCCGAGCCAACGGGCUCACCAUCGACUACGCAGAGCGGCGCCUCUACUGGACCGACCUGGACACUACGCUGAUCGAGUCGUCUAACAUGCUCGGUCAGGAACGUGAGGUGAUCGCUGAUGACCUGCCUCACCCGUUUGGCCUCACCCAGUACCAGGACUACAUCUACUGGACGGACUGGAGCCAGCGCAGCAUCGAGCGAGCCAACAAGACCAGUGGCCAGAACCGCACCGUCAUCCAGGGCCACCUGGACUACGUCAUGGACAUCCUGGUGUUCCACUCGUCCCGACAGGGCGGCUGGAACGCCUGCGCCUCCACCAACGGACACUGCUCCCAUCUGUGCCUCGCCGUCCCUGUCAGCAGCUUCGUCUGCGGCUGCCCCGCCCACUUCUCCCUCAACUACGACAACAAGACGUGCAGCGCUCCGACGUCCUUCCUGCUCUUCAGUCAGAAAACGGCCAUUAAUCGGAUGGUGAUUGACGAGCAGCAGAGUCCCGACAUCAUCCUGCCGAUUCACAGCCUGAGGAACGUCCGCGCCAUCGACUACGACCCGCUGGACAAACAGCUGUACUGGAUCGACUCCAAGCAGAACGUGAUCCGCCGAGCGCAGGAGGAUGGGAACCAGAGCAUGACGGUGGUGGCGAGCUCGCUGGGCGGACCCAGUCAGGGGCUGCAGAUCUACGACCUGAGCAUCGACAUCUACAGCCGCUUCAUCUACUGGACCAGCGAGGUCACCAACGUCAUCAACGUCACCCGCACGGACGGCAGCCGAGUGGGCGUGGUGCUGAGGGGCGAGCACGACAAACCGCGCGCCAUCGUGGUCAACCCGGAGAGAGGGUACAUGUACUUCACCAACCUGCUGGAGCGCUCGCCAAAGAUCGAGCGGGCGGCGCUGGACGGCACAGAGCGCGAGGUGUUGUUCUUCAGCGGUUUGGGGAAACCUGUCGCUCUGGCCAUCGACAACGAGGUGGGGAAGUUGUUCUGGGUCGACUCAGACCUGCGACGAAUCGAGAGCAGCGACCUCUCCGGAGCCAAUCGGAUCGUGAUCGCAGACUCCAACAUCCUGCAGCCGGUCGGGCUGACGGUGUUCGGGAACCAUCUCUACUGGAUCGACAAGCAGCAGCAGAUGAUCGAACGCAUCGACAAGACGACGCGAGAGGGACGCACCAAGAUCCAGGCUCGCAUCGGGUACCUGAGCGACAUCCACGCCGUGCACGAGCUCGACAUGAGGGAGUACAGUAAACAUCCGUGCACGUGGGAUAACGGCGGCUGCUCCCACAUUUGCAUCGUGAAAGGCGACGGGACGACUCGCUGCUCGUGUCCCGUCCACCUGGUGCUGCUGCAGGACGAGCUCUCCUGUGGAGAGCCUCCGACCUGCUCCCCGGAGCAGUUCUCCUGCACGUCGGGCGAGGUCGACUGCAUCCCUCAGGCCUGGAGGUGCGACGGUUACGCCGAGUGCGACGACAAAAGUGACGAGGAGGACUGUCCCGUCUGCUCCGAGUCCGAGUUCCAGUGCGACAGUCGUCAGUGCAUCGACUUGAGUCUGCGCUGCAACGGAGAGUUCAACUGUCAGGACCGAUCGGACGAGAACAAGUGUGAAGGUGUGACAGUUCGUUGUCCUCCGGAUCAGUUCACCUGCUCGAACGGUUUGUGCAUCGGGAAACACAAGAAGUGCGACAACAACAUGGACUGUACGGACAACUCGGACGAGCUCGGCUGCUAUCCGACUGAAGAGCCACCUUCUCCACCCAACACCACCAUCGGCGCCAUCGUGGCUGUGGUCAUGGCGUUGUUCGUGGUCGGCGCCGUGUAUUUCGUGUGUCAGCGCGUCCUCUGUCCGCAGAUGAAGGAUGAUGGCGAGACGGUCACAAAUGAUUUUGUGGUUCACGGGCCAUCGUCUGUGCCGCUGGGCUACGUACCGCAUCCGAGCUCGCUGUCCAGCUCCCUGCCAGGGAUGUCCAGAGGGAAGUCUGUGAUUGGUUCCCUCAGCAUCAUGGGCGGGAGCAGCGGGCCGCCGUACGACCGCGCCCACGUCACCGGGGCGUCGUCCAGCAGCUCGUCAAGCACCAAGGGCACCUACUUCCCCCCGAUCCUGAAUCCUCCUCCGUCUCCGGCCACAGUUCGCUCUCAGUACACGAUGGAGUUCGGUUAUUCCUCCAACAGUCCGUCGACCCACCGGUCGUACAGCUACCGGCCCUACACCUAUCGCCACUUCGCCCCGCCCACCACCCCCUGCAGCACCGACGUGUGCGACAGCGACUACACGCCGGGACGCCGGGCGCCGCCCAAGUCCAGCGCCACUGCCGCCGCCAAGGGCUACACCAGCGACCUCAACUACGACUCGGAGCCUUUCCCGCCGCCGCCGACGCCCCGCAGCCAGUACCUGUCAGCGGAGGAGAACUGUGAGAGCUGCCCGCCGUCGCCUUACACCGAGCGCAGCUACUCGCACCACCUCUACCCGCCGCCGCCUUCGCCCUGCACGGACUCCUCGUGAGCCACACCCCUCCCCACUGCCCCACCCCCCUCAACACAGCUCCGCCCCCUCACUGUAAAUAGCAAUUGUGCAUAAAUGAGGCUAAAAAUGGGAACGAGAGACUGAGCGAGCGAGCGAGCGAGGAAACAGGAGAAAAAGAGAAACGGAGCUGACGAACAUUUGUACAAAAAGAGAAAAACAUAUUUAUAUAUUUUCUAUACAGUGUUUACUGAUGACAUCAUCGACGUUUGUAUUAAGAAAUUUGUACAUUUUUUAAGAAAAGGUUUUUAUUAAAAUCAUCACAAAUAUACGUUGCCUUAAAAACCCGCAGAGGACGACGCUGAAGGACGAGAAGCGGUGAAAACUGAGCGGGGGGGACGUUCAAAUGAUCUGAUGCCAAAUAUGAAAAACAUCUUACGGCGGCGGCAGGAGACCAGAGGAGCCCCUCCCCCACCCUCACAGCAGCCAUCUUGUCUGCAGUGACCACGUGACGCGGGUGAGGACGGCGUGGAUGUGAGUCAUGAACAGAGACGUUAAAGUUCAAAGUCAAAGCAAUAAAACAAAAAGGCACAUAUUUAUUCUCCAGCGUCUCCCAGCAGGAGGCGCUACGGAGGCUCAGAGGACACGAGCCAGAAGCAACUUCUUCUUCUGAUGGAAUAUUCUCCAGCUGUGAUAGAAAGUGUCCUUGUGUCCCCUCCAGGCCUCCGUACAAAUCAUUCUUCCCACUAAACGCUACGCGGCGACGUCUGUCACAUGACCCACAUCCAGGAACUCGCCGUCGUCACGACGCAGACGAGAUUUAAACCAAAACGUUUGCAUAUGUUUGACUUUUGUUUUUGUUUUCGCUGAAACGUUGAGAAACUCGACUGCGACAGUUUUAAUGUUUCACGAUCAUCGGAUUUAGUUUUUUGUGGAGGAAGCAGCGUUUCCCGCCGAGGACGCGACCUUGUGCCUGAGCAGUUUCAUCUCCGUGUUUUUUAUCGUUGUUCCGUGGAGGAAAUCAGUGCCCACUAAAUGCUAUAUAGUAUUUUUGUACCACAUAUUGUGUAGAUAACGUAUUUAUAAGCUCUAUAGAAAAUCAUUGUAAAUCUUUCAUUGAACUCUGCAGUACUUUUCAUUCCGUCUUUUUUUAUAUUGCAUCAUUAUAUUUUUCUACAGAAAAUCAAACGUACGGCGACAAUCCGCGAUCGGUCGAGUCGAGGAACUUAUCCAGGUUUUCAGUGUCUGUUGAUGUAACGUCGGACUGUUUGUGCCAAAACUCUGUUAUUUGACUUUGUGAGGCUUCGGGAGCCGAGUUGGGACCAGAGGGGAAACGACGUGGUGUCCACCUCGGUUCUCCUGGUCUCUCCUGACAAAUAUGUUUUUAACGUGUUUCAUCGUGGAAACGUCGUUGUUUUCACGUCCCUGACGUCACGCGUUCGGUUUGAGAGGAAACGAAACGCCAGCGAGUCGGAAACGAUUCGGUUUGAAUCACAAAGUUAAAGUUUUAUUACAUCGUCUGUUAAAAUGUUACAAAGUCUUCAACAGACCUGAGACGUUUUCAAUUUUAAACUUUUAUAUUUCAAUGAAAUUUCCGACAUUAAGGGUUUGUUAUGAAACAUUAAUUUAUCACAUUAAUGAAGUUUGUGUUGUUCGGGUAAAGAUUCUUCACGUGAUUAUUAUCACCGGUUUCUACCCAACUUAUAAAGACGUGUUAAAUGUUUUCCAGACUCGAUUAAAGGAUCAAUAAAAUGAAAUCUGACAAAUUAAUGAUUUCAUAUUUACAGAUGGACAAUAUGGAGUCUCCAAAGUGCCAAACUAUCGUUUUAUGAAUCUCAUGCACACAAUAUAGUUACUUUACAAUACUUCUGUGCACACGAUGUUGUUUUUGCUCCGUUAUUCGAUUUAAAUAUUAAACGUUUGUUCAGUUCUGUUGAGACUUCAGAUUGUACAAAACAUUUGAACAAUCUGAAGUCACAGAUCUGAACCGAUCUCGAGCAGUGACGAGCCUGAAGUUCAGUUCGUCUCCCGCUGCCUCGUCCUGACAUCUGCCCACAGCUGUCAGCCGAGUUACCUGUGGUACCGACACACACACACACACACACACACACACACUCAUGUCUAGUUAAUCAUCUUUGGAGAGAUUCUCAUUCGCUAACUGCACUUUACAGGACUUUUUAGCUGAUUUCCGGUACAAAACGUUGUGGUCGGAGUAAAGUUGUGUAAAGUUGAUGUCAAAAAAGGAAAGGAAAGAAAAAUCUGAAAGUCGGACGGAGAUCUUCAGGUUUUCAGAGUCUGGAUGAUGACGACACGUUUCUGUUAAAUUAUUCCCUCGAACCAUUUUGAAUUAGUUCAGUUUAAACCUCAAACCACUGAAUUCUUCCUUCAGAUUAAUGAUCAAAUCAAAGUGAAACGACAUUUAGUGAAUAAAUUAAGUCAUUUGAGUUUGAUUUCAUAUUUGAGGAGUAAAAAUGUUUCUGAUGUAAACAGUAAAUUGAGGUAAUUUUGUGCUACGAUGAUGUAAAUCAUGUUAAAUUGAUUUCAACUUGAUCUGUAGAGAAUCAUCUGACAUCUUCUCUUUAUUCGUUCUGAUAUCAAACUUGAAAAUUUGUCAAUUUUAUAAACCUUAAAGUUUUAAUGCAAGAAGCCAAAAUGAUCAAAUAUUAUAUAUUAACACAAACUGGAAUAAAAUUUGGUUAUUAAAUGUUAAUGUUGAUAUUUUUCUUUUAAAUUUCACUCAAAGUUUGUCCUCAUGUCUGAUCCUUAAAUGUUCAACGUGAGGACGGAAGGUCAACGAGGUCGUGACCUGACAGAUCUUUAACUUUGUUUCAAUCUGAAGUUCAACAUGUCGAGGUUUGAUUCUUAGUUCUGAUCAUUUGUGGGAAUAAUUUAUCAAAUUGCAAAGUUCCUCCAGACUCGUGGAGAAGUCGUCUUCGGUCGAAGCAGAAAUGAGACGAAUCAAACCGAGUCCACGUGUUUCUUCCCGUUCUGGCUGAACUUUGACCUGAAGGAGACGUUCAGAUCGUGAAGAACGUGCGAGAAAAAGGUCAAAGAAAGUAGAAAUGUUUAAAAAAUGAUUGAAACAGGCCGAGUCAUGUUUUAUAAUAAAAAAGAAGCACUUUUGUCUCCAGGUUUCUCGGAGGUUCGAACAGGAAACAGAAGUUAGUGUCGUGGUGUUUUGAAAUGUCCUUCGUCCGUCUCGAUCCCGUGGUGCUUUGCCAGGAUGUGGAGGAUUUGUUUCACUCUUUUGUACGAUGACUGCUUAGCUGUAAACCAUCAGAUGUACAGCGCCACCCAGCUGCCACCAUAAGCUGUUGUAACUCAUGAAAUGCUGAUUUUUUUUUUCUUUUUGUUAAAUAUAAAGUGAGUGAACUUUUA